ACAUUCUGAGCAUUUUAAAUGUUCCUUCAAUGUCAAAGAACACUUACAUAAAGAAAGAAGUAGAACUAGAUAAGGUUUGGAGCGAGAACUUGGACCGAACCAUAUCAGAUGCAGGGAAAGAAGAAAGAGCUCUGGCUAUUCAAGAAGGAGAUGUAGACGAAGAUGGCAUUCCAUUUACUACAGUCAUUGUGGACGGUGGAUGGGCCAAGCGUUCUUACGGGCAUAAAUACAACUCUCUUUCAGGAGUGGCAGUGAUCAUAGGCCAAAGAACAGGAAAACUUUUGUUCUUGGGCGUAAAAAAUAAGUAUUGUACCAUCUGUCGUCUUCAUUCGGGAGCAGAUAAAGAACCGAAAAAACAUUUCUGCUACAAAAAUUGGAGCCAACAAAAGCCAUCCACAGCGAUGGAGCAAAGUGUUAUUGUAGAAGGUUUUUGUAACAGUAUACAAAUGCAUGGUUUAAAGUACAAAUACUUCGUGGGUGAUGGAGAUUCUAGUGUUUAUGCAAGAAUCAUUCAAAAUGUCCCUUAUGGACGUUUUGUGCACAAACUUGAAUGUGCUAACCAUUGCAUACGCAACUAUACCAGUCACCUGCACACCUUGGCAAGUGAUAAGAGUUUUGACCCAGAGGCUCGACGGAUGCUCAAAUCAGUCAUUCCAAGGCUAACUUCUGCAGCACGAGGUGCCAUAAGGCACUGUGGGAAAGUGGGUGAGAAAGCUGAAGACCUAAUUAAGGACUUGCGAAAUGGUCCAAAUCAUGUAUUUGGAGACCAUUCUGAGUGCCGACCUUACUUUUGCGAAGGCAAUGAAUCUGAUGGUAAAAGGGUAAAUAUUUUACUGGGAUCUGUAUUGUUUGACCAUAUUCAAGGUCUUUUAGGAAGCCUGGUAGCAAAAGCGCCAAGACUUGUGGAAAAUAAAACAAGCAAUGCAGCUGAAUUUUACAUGAGUCUUGUUGCAAAGUUCAAUGCUGGAAAACGUCUCAACUUUACUCAAAGAGGAUCUUUUCAAAGACGAUGCCAUGCCGCGGCUUUAAGAUUUCAGAAAGGUCACGCGUGGGAAAUAAGCCCUUUCAGGAAACUGGCAGGAAGAAGCCCUGGACUGAGUCAUUAUAAGGUUAUCCGAAAGAGACAGCAGACAUUAACACGCCGUAAAUUGCAGUUCCCUGACGACUUCCCUAAAAAGAAAAGAAGCAAAACUGAUACAACUCAUCCAGCAGACAUCGACUAUGGACCAAGCUCUGAACAAGUAGAAGAUGAUCCGUGUGACGAGAUUUCAGAUGCACAGCUAGCAGAAAAGUGUGAGAACUUUGUUGAAUCUCUGAAUGUGACCUCUGAGCAGCAAGAAGAAAUUGCCAUUCAAACUAAAGAUCAGGCGGAUUGUAUAAGCUGGCAUGAACUUAGGCGAGUACGCUUAACAGCUAGUAAUUUUGGAACAGUGUGCCGAAGAAAAGAAUCAACUCCAUGUGCGAACUUGGUGAAAAAUCUUUUGUACAAACCCUCUGUGAAUACCAAAGCUACAGAAUACGGUCGCCGCAAUGAACAUGUUGCUAUUAAAAGGUUCGAAGCACUAACAGGCUUGGAUGUAGAGAAGAGGGGACUGUACAUAGAUGUAGAAAAUGGGUUUUUAGGAGCUAGUCCAGAUGGAAUUGUGGUCACAGAAAAUGCUACAAUUGAAGUAAAAUGUGUUCCAUCAGGCAUAUCUACUGGGCUUCAAGAGCUGGCCAGAGGUAAGAAAGGAUUCUUCCUCCAAGAAAUUGCCAGCAAGAAGUUACAGCUUAAAACCACACAUCAUCACUUCUAUCAGAUCCAGGGAACUUUAAAUAUAACAAAAAAAGAUUUUUGUUAUUUAAUUGUCAUGACUGACACAAAACAAGAUUUGUUUGUUGAAAAAGUUCAGCGAAAUGAAGAUUUCUGGAGAAAUGAAAUGCUGCCCAAACUCACGCGAUUCUACAAAAAGUGUUUACUACCCGAAAUUGUUGAUUCACGAGUAAUUAGAGGAAAACCAGUGAGAGAGCCAGAGUAUAUAUCAAAGGCAAAAGAAGAAAUGAAUGCAAAAAAGUCCAAAAAAUCUUAG